GAAUGCGCACCCUGGACCGAUGGCGGGAGAAAUGUUUACGAUGUAGCGAAGAGACACGUUUUGAACCAUAAUAUAAAAUACGAAAUACUGUGUUUGAAAUUGAGAUAGUUUAUUUGUAAGCAAAGUAUUUAAACAGACAGAUGGCCAAAACAAGAACUUCUUUUCAAGACAACUCGGCUGGUGAAUUUGAUACACCAACUCUUAGUAACAGCAAUGAAAUAGUCAACGUGAGCCCUCCUCAAGUUAUGCCCAAACUCUCUCCCAAAGUGUUCAACAAAGAGGAUGGCAGUCCUGUUCCAAACAUCCCUCACACAGCAACAAGCUGCUCCUCAUUAUUGGUGGACCCUGGUACCUUUGAGGAAAAUUUUACCAGCUUUCUGAAGAAGAAUAUGACAGCACCUGAGUGUUUUGAUUCCUCAGAAAAUGCCAAUUUUACCAGGUGUAAAAGAACUGACCCCAAAUUUCUUGAAAACAACAAUAUCAAGUUUUGCAAGGAAAAUAUACCUUUCCAAGACAUUAUAAAAGACUCUCCCCAUCGUAGAAAUAAAUACCUUGGUAUUUCUCAUCCGAAGUCAGCAUUAUCUAAAAGGGGUGAAAUGGUGAAAAAGCCUCGUAAAGUGAACUGUGUAAAAAAUUCUGAGACUCAAAAGAAGAAAGAGCAGUCUGGGGUUCACAAUGAAGUUAAUUCAUGUAGUUCAGAAUUCACACAGAAUGAAAUUCCAGAAACUGUAACAGGCGAUCAAGAAAGCAACUCCAGUUGUGCACAGAGGCAAUAUGUAGUACCUAAGAGGAGGAAGCAGGGGCGUCCUUUUGGGAGCAAGAACAAGCCAAAGAAAAUGGACAACAAAGUUCUCAAAAGGGAGGCUUCAGGUACUGGAGCGGAGGAUCCGAGAUACAGUUUUACUAUAGGACAGGAUGUGUUAGCAAGAUGGAAUGAUGGACUUUUUUACUUAGGUUCUGUACAGAAAAUAGAGAAAAAUAAAUCCAGGUGUUUUGUUAGGUUUGAGGACCAAUCAGAAUAUUGGAUAUUAUUUAAAGAUCUUCAAAAAGGUGCCAAAGACGAUGAAAUCAGUUGCUGUGUGUGCCAAACGGACCAAUCGGAGGAGCCCAAUGAGAUUGUCUUGUGUGACAAUUGUGGCUUAGGGUAUCAUCAGGCGUGUCACAACCCUAACAUCAGUGAUGAAGUGCUGGCCCCUGAUGUGGAAUGGUGCUGUAGACUUUGUAUAUUUGCUGCCGCUGUAAAGGAAGGUGGAGCAUUGAAAAGUGGCCCUGAUGCUAGAGCUUUGCAGAAGAUGAAACAGUCUUUCCCUUAUAAGCUGGAAUCCUUGACUUGGGAUGUCCAACACAAGGUUAACUUGGAGCAGUGCUAUUGUUAUUGUGGAGGACCAGGAGAGUGGCACCAGAAGAUGCUACAGUGUUGCAGAUGCAGGCAGUGGUUUCAUGAAGCCUGUAUCCAGUGUCUGGAGUACCCUCUGGUGAUUGGAGACCGGUUCUACUUGUUUGUCUGUUCCCACUGUAACACAGGACCGGAGUACAUCAAACGACUGGAGAUGACCUGGGUUGAUUUAACACACCUUGCUUUAUUCAAUCUAACUAUCCAAAUUAAAAACAAGAAGAGGUACUUUUGUCCUGAAGAUAUAGUAGAGUUCAUCGAUGCCAACUGGGAAAAACUCCAGCUUUCACAGUUUGGUCAAGUACCUGAAUAUGAAAGAAUUGACUAUGUGAAGAAAGCUCUCAAGGAUGGAAAGAAAAGAUUUGGUUGCGGACAGGAGAGUCGUAGGAAUUCCAUGUAUACCCUGAAGUUGCGAGCUCCACCCUCUGUGCCGACUUUGAUCCUUCCCCUUGAAGGUCAGGUCACAGAUGAAGUCAUGCAAAACCUCACUUUGACGGGGAACAAAAAAGUGAAAAAGUUUCUACCCAUUAUUUGCAAAUCACCAAUACCUAUGAAUUACAGAGGAAGCAUGCUACAUGACAGCAUUGCCCUCAAAUCCAGGAGGAAUUUAUCUCUAGCAGUAACAGAGAAUGUAGAACCAAAUCCAUAUAGUGCUAAUCAAGAAUACAAAGGUUACUCGGGCAAGAAGUACUCUGUAAAAAGUCGCAAAAGUGGGGUGUCUCUGUCGACUCUGAUUCCCGUUCCUGAGGAUUUCGAAGGCUAUAACCAUCCUUUCCUCACAGAGUGUGAACAAAAUCACGAGAAAGCCUUGGCCAGGAGAAAACACGACCUUCAGAAGUAUCUGUUUUACACCACAGAACAAAACAUUCCCACAGAUUCAAAUUCAGUGGAGGGGAGUAAAACAGAGAGUCCAGAGCCACAGGUUGAGCCGAAGAAAUCGCGGAAGAGAAAAUACGUGGAUGAGUCGGCCAUGUUGACUUCCAAGAGGAGGCGCGUGACGGUGUCGCAGGAGACGGAGAAGAAUUACGUUGAUGAGUUGUUGGAGCAAUCUAACAGUGUCAAGACAGACAUGAGUUUGUGUUUCGAUACUGUAGAGAAAAUGAAGAAAGGCGAAAAGUAUUAUGUGGGAGGAAAAAGAGUUGUCGGGGACCGCAUUCAAUAUUUAGUGACAUGGGAAGGUCUACACACAAAGUGAUAAGUAAUAUAUCUAGGGGACUCAAAUUUUACUUCUUUUAUUUACCAAAUUGUUUACUUUAUAUUAGAGUAAUUUUUAUUAUUUUGUUUUAAAUUGAGGUAUUCAGUUUUAUGUAUAUCCCUAUGCAUGAAAUAAUUCGCAUUUUAACUGUAGCCUAAUUAUUCAUGUAAGCCAAUCAAUUUUUAUGCAAACACUGAGGAAGUAAAUGAAUGAUGUGA